CUUCUUCCGCAGUGCGUGGUGACGUCACCGGGCUGCAGCAUCACGGCUCGUCCCUCGGUGUGUGAAGGAGGCUCCUCCAUGAUGCUCUCGGUCUCUGCUGCUCUGCUCCUAACAUUAGCCUGGGUCCACCAGGCUCAGACACUUUACUUCCAUAUCGGAGAGACGGAGAAGAAAUGCUUCAUAGAGGAGAUCCCGGAUGAGACCAUGGUGAUCGGUAAGACGAGGAAAGGCGUUAGGAUGAGCUAAGCUAACAGGCGAACAGCUGUUUCCGUCAGGGAUGCUGCAGGGAGUUUCAGUCUGACUUCACGGAGACCAACAAACAGAUUAAUCAUUAUCAGUGUUUCAAACACAGCGUCUCCAGUGUUUGGUGUCUUUACAUUUAUACCCUGAUUAUAAUUAGGGUUAACAGUCAGGGUCCGAUCAUCUCUCAGGAUCAUCAGGGACCAGGCCCUCAGAGCCCCCUGAUCCAGACCUCUGCUGCUGUUUUCCUUCAUUUAUCCCUUAAGCAUUAGUCGAAAGGUGAACCGGUCCCCCCAUCAAACAGCUGUUAGUUCAGAUCUGAGAACAGGUCUGACCGGAGACAGAAACACACUUUUAAUACGCCCCCCUAAAAUCCUCGAGUCUGCACCUGUUAGAGGCACCAGACCAGAAAUAUUGUUCGACAGAUACUUGGCGAUUAUUCGAUUAUUUCGAUUUAAAUCUCACAAUACUAAGACCUAACCUUUGUGAUAUUAUUACUUUAUUCUUCAAAUCAUGUUUUUCUUUCUCAAUGUGACCCUUUAUUGGACUGCAGUUUCUCUAAUGAUGAUGAUGAUGAUGAUUAAUAGUAGUAUUAGUAUUAUUAAUGAAUACUACAUUAGGAAUAAUUAUGUUAAAAUAUAAUCACAACAAUUAUACUUAUAUUAUUCAUGUGAAAGUGAACCCAAAUGUACCUUUGAACACAUGUUUUAAAGACAAAUUGGUAACACUUUACUUGACGCCUGUCUCCAUAAUGCAUUAGAAAUAUAUGUAUAAUGCGUUAUAAUCACUGUAUUACUACAGUUAUAAACACUCAGAAAUGAUUAUAAUGCUUUAUAGCAAUACUCAUAACACAUUAUAAAGCAUUUAAUCAUGACUUACAAGGUCAGGUAUUGUAAUGUGUUAUAACUGUUAACAACUCACCGACAAUGCCCACAUAGAUAAAGCAUUAUAUGUAUAUUCAUGAUGUGUUAUAAUUUGCUUAUAAACUUGUAUCACUGUCAUUAUAAACGCUCAUUAAUUAUCACAAGGCUUUAUAACAAUAAGCAUAACACAUUUUAAUACCUGACCUUGUAAGUCAUGAUAAAAUGCUUUAUAAUGUGUUAUGAGUAUUGCUAUAAAGCAUUAUGAUCAUUUAUGAGUGUUUAUAACUAUAGUUAUACAGUGCUAUAACAUUAAUAACGCACUAUACAUGUAUUUAUAAAGCGUUAUAGAGAUAGGCGUCAAAUAAAGUGUUACCAACAGGCUCUGUACUCUUGCCUUUGUUUAACAGUUUUUAGGUUUCUGAAUUUGAACCGAUGCUAAAUUUAAACACAAAGCUGACACUUGUGUGAUUCAAAUUUAACAUCACCUAAACUGAUGUUUACGACCUGUGGAACCGAAUCGUGUUUUCAGACGUGUGAGUGUUUAUUCAUCUGCAUUAUCUAAUAUAUUAACCUCUACCAGUCAUUCAUUGAUAAAUGUUUCUAUUUCUUAGCAGGAAGCAGAUUAUAAAUGUCUGAAGUCCAUCAGCUACUUUAGGCUGUAGUGUUGUAGAGCAAGUAUAAAUGGAGAAAUAGCAACCUUGGAUUGAACACCUUUUAUCCCUGCUUAACUUAAACUGUUUGAAGGUUGAUACUGUAAAGUGUUACUCAGAAGAAUUAACAUCAUGACUCCAUGUUUUUUCCUGUGAGACAAAAUCGAUAUCGAAGUGAAACUGACCCGACAUGCUGACCUUAAACAAGAACAAGAUCAGACCAUAGAGAAAAAGAAUCAUGUCUUCAUCAUUUAUUUAUUCUUUUCUUCUUUUCUGUCUUCUUUGUUAUUUACUGCCAAGUUUCUCUCCUCUUCAUAAUGUAGGGAAGUAUCGCACUCAGUUGUGGGACAAACAGAGCGGCUCCUUCCUCCCGUCGACGCCCGGCCUCGGGAUGCACGUGGAGAUUAAAGAUCCAGACACUAAGGUGAGAACAGUAGACGAUCUGUUCGAGAAAAAAAACACACACCUUUUUGCUUGUGGACAGAACCUGAAGAUGUUUGUCUCCUCAGAUCAUCCUGUCCCGUCAGUACGGCUCAGACGGGCGCUUCACCUUCACCUCUCAUACUCCAGGAGAGCAUCAGAUCUGUCUGCACUCUAACUCCACCAAGAUGGCUCUGUUUGCAGGAGGAAAACUGGUACCUGCACAGUCAUUGUUUUUUAACUAGCUGACUGAUUAACUGUUUAACACGAGUAUGUUUGAUGAAACUGGGGGCAGUUUGAUGCAGCAGGAUAACCUGUUAAACCAGACUCACUCAGAACAUCAGGCUUACUUUAAGGAUGUUUGUGACUAACCUGGUCCUGGCUGGAUUACUUUUAGACUCAGUUUCACUCACUCAAUCAGACUGUUUAAUCUUUAACCCUGAUCGUUUUUAACCUGCCUGUUUCUGUGUGUUUCAGAGAGUUCACCUGGAUAUCCAGGUGGGAGAACAUACUAAUAACUACCCCGAGAUCGCAGCCAAGGACAAACUGACGGAGCUGCAGCUGAGGGUGCGACAGCUGCUGGACCAGGUGGAGCAGAUCCAGAAGGAGCAGAAUUACCAGCGGGUCAGUAACACUCUCCCAGGUCUUUCAGGUACUGGUUCUGUUUAAUCAGAGAGGUGACUGUGUGCUGUUUCCUCUGCAGUACCGCGAGGAGCGUUUCCGUAUGACGAGCGAGAGCACCAACCAGCGCGUCCUCUGGUGGUCCAUCGCUCAGACACUCAUCCUCAUCGUCACGGGAAUCUGGCAGAUGAAGCACCUGAAGAGCUUCUUUGAGGCCAAGAAACUGGUUUAACAUCAGGAGACCACGUUAGCUCAAGUUCACAGACACUGCAGAUGACCAGGAAGAGGCGUGAGGUCCGAUUAUCAGCCAUAAACGGUACACUGAGCCGAUCACGGCAGCAGGUAUCGGUCCUGGGUGACCAGGUCUCCCUCUACAAGUUUUAGAGUUUGAUUCUUUUUCCGUUAGCGACACCAGUUAUCUCUCUUUGUUCUCCUGCUUUUACCCUCCUGUGCUGAACCACUAGAGACAUGAGUGACCUGAGGUUUGAUUUUAUUGUCACACAGGAAUAAACUAGUGAUUAUUUUUGAGCUAAUAACCCAGUGGCUGAUCCUGAGAAACACCACACCCUGAGCAGACAUGCGUCAUACAUUUUAUUAAGAUGAAGAUUUCAUUUCUGUGGUUCUCUUGAGAUUUGGGCUUAUUUACUCCUUAGUAUCCUGAGAUGGAAGAGCUUGUUCUCUCAUGAUAACAGGAUCAUUUUCUGGUCAUCUAGAAAACAAAGCAGUCUCGGCAAUUGCCUCUUUACAUGACUCACCUCACCUGUCCGCUAAAAACCAGCUCUCAAAUAUGUUCAUCUUCAGGGCAGAUCAUGAUAAAACAACCAAAAUAAUCUCUUUCUCACAGGACAACUGAUUAAAUAAAAAAUGUGGAAGCAUGUCUGCUUAGAGCUUCUGUAAAAAAUAUGUUUUUAUGAUUCUGUCAUAGUUUGUUUCAUAGUUUAAUAACCCCUAAAGAUAUCUGAGGUCUCAGUCAACUAAAGUCACACUAAAUCUUCAUGCCUCUGUAGAACUGCCUCACUUUAACCUCAUAUUUAGCCUUUGCUAACAGGUCAUACGCCUUUAAUGUUCACCUUCUCCUCAAAGCAUAAAGUAUAAACUUGCACCAUUUGGAGGUCAGGAAAUUUUCAACAUCAUUUGGGAUUAUUUGAUAUGCUGCUCAAUGGAUGUAGUGGUUCUCAAUUUGAUUGCAAUAGGAGGUCAAAUAUGUUUUUGAUUUGAUUCUUUGAUUAAAUUCAUCCAAAUAUUUUGUGUAACAAUAUUCAGAUACAGAAAGUCGCCUCACGCUGUAGUCUUCAUUACCUAAUGGAGCACGCUCAGCAGUGAUGAAGGUUAAGGAAGAGUGAACACAUAAAUACAAUAUAAAUACACACUAUUCACUCAGUCAUAAAUACUUGAUAUCAUAAUUCACUCAUGUAUUUACAGCUAAAACUCCAGUUACAGAUUAUUUCAUGGUUCAUAAACUCUAAAGUUAUUCAGUAUUUAUGGUCAUAAUCACUUUUUACCAGUUUAUAUUUGGCUUAUUGACGCUGAAUUACAGUGGUGUCACUUUCUGCUGAAUGUAAAUAGUUUUUAGCUUGAUUUUCCCGCACAUUUUCGUUAGGGCUGUUCUGUAGAUACAGUUUGUGAUAACAGAAUUAUCUUUGUUGUAAAUAAAACGUGCAGCUGUUCAUUUUCUAAAACUUUUUACACUGAAUGAAGUUUGUGACUGUUCCUGUCAUCAGUGUCCAAAAACGUAUUUAUUCUGCUGCAGAGCCUCGGCCAAGUUUACACUCAUGGAUAAAUAUUCUGAUUCAUGAUGGGAGAUGAGUUUUUAUUGUUAGACAGAGAAAAGUGGAUUAGCAUUAUUAGUAUUAUCAGUUCAGUUGUCCAGCUGCAGACUGUGGUAGGUCAUGUUUUUGAGUUGUUAUUAUCACACCACCUUCAUGUGCUGAAUAAAGAGUCUUAUUUAAACCUUCCGCUCACCUCUGAGGUUGUUUUUGAAGAAACACACAGCCGAUAUUUAACACAGUCAGAUUUAUUGCUUGGCUCCGGCUGCAAACACAGCAUCCACAUGUCCAAGCUCAGGUUUUUAGAGACACAGAGACCCGCAGAGAGCUUCAGUGAAACCACAGAAACACAGACUUAAAAAGCCCCAGCAACACAAAGUCAACACUUUGCAUAGAUCCACAACAUCCUCGCUUAUUUCCACCAAUCACAGCACAGACACAGAAACACGUACUCUGUUCAUAUCAAGAAUAAAGAUCUGACACGCACACACACACAUCGUACCAAAACAAUACCAAACACGCAAACUGUGUGUCGUUAUAAAGGGAUCAAUGGUUUAUUAAACAGAGUCUCUGUCGUACAACAGAAGUGGCACAUUGUUCAGUUAGACGUCACGUUUCUGCACGGUCACAUGUCGGGUCAGAAGGUAGAAAAUAUCACAUGACACAAAUCCUCACUAUCACGCCAAACGUCCUCAGAGUGUUCAGUAGUUUCUAUCUGACUUUAUCCAGUUACUGCAGGAGGGUUUCCAUGAGAGCUACAGGUUAGUGACACGUUACUGUUAAAAAAGAUCAGACUAGCUCUGUCUGAACGCUGCUCUGAGAGCAGGCGGGCACACAGAGACUGGAGAGGGUUAAUCAAAUACACGUUAAAAUGAGGCCCAAAUCAGGGUCCCGCUUGCCCUGUGGAGAUGACCUCUUUUCCUGCUCACCGAGCUCAUCGAGAAGAGUUUUUCUUGAAUAUUCAGAGGAAGAGGAGCACUUCUUCUUCUACUGUCCAGACACAGUCAGGUGCUGCAUCUUCUUGGCCGCCUCCUCUGACACCGUCUUGGAGGUUUUUUCAGGGCUGGGGGCUGGGCUGGGACCUGGACUUGGGUUUGGAGUGUUAGCUGCACUGUUGGGAUACUCUCUGUUACCGAAUAUGACGCUGCCCACCCUCACGUUAGUGGAGCCAACCUCAAUCUGUGACACAGGAGGAGGAAACAUGUUAAAACGAUGAUAAAGAAUACUUCAAAUGUGGUUUCUGAUUUGGUUCCAUUAUUGGUGUAUGUGUGGAUAAAAAAGGAAAAGCACCUGUUCAAGAACCUGUUGUAGGCACUGAAGUUAGUGUAAAAAAUGAAGAGGGAAAAUAUCCACCUUAUACGGGCUCAGGUCCAGAGAAGUCUCUGGUGUUUCUGCUUCAUGUUUCUAGCUAGAUUCCUAUUUGAAUGGUUCAGUUUGAACCUGAUUUGUGGAUGCCUAAUGAACUGUGUUCACAGACAGUAUUCUUAUUAAGAGAUUCGGGGCACAUAAGGGGAUUUCCACUGCAGAGUCCUGUCUAUUUUUAAUACAGUUCUGCAUGAGGAUCUGAAUGACAAACAGGCUUCUAAAGAUUCACAAAUCUCAGCUGCAUUUGUGCUUUUUCCAUCUGCACUUUCCUGUCUGCCUCCACAUCUCUAUGACAACUGGAAACAAACCAUAAUUAGAUCACAAUCAUAAUAUUUUACAUGAAACCAAACCUCGCUUUCACUAUUUUUAGAAUACUAUUUAUAUUUUUAGUAUAUGGAUUGUGUUCCUCCUGUUUUUGCUCUCCAUACAGACAGUUUUUCCUGCUGACUCCUGAUUGGUCAAAGCAACUCCAUGUAAAUGCCAACAGAAGACUGAAACUCACCGCAUGUUCGAAGUCUGUGGACAUGCCCAUACUGAGUUCCACCUCCUCCAUGGGAAGCUUCAGAUUGUCACACACUUCCUGCCUCCGACUCAGGAGCAUCUGCAGGGGGGACACAUGAACAGGAUUAUAACCCAACCAAUCCCACCUCACAUAACUCCGUCAGCUGAUCUGUUUGCUUUCAGUGUUGGACUAGUUUGAUUUUCAGAACCCUGCAGUUUGAGACGGUUUAGUUUUAGUUUAGAGAUUAGAGAUGAAUUACUGCACAAGAAAUAAAAACAGCUUCUUUACACCAAACUGAAGGCUUUCAUAAAACACUAGGAUCAAUUAACAGAAAGUUAAAUUACUCCUAGUUGAUUCGUUGAGUUAAUCUUUAUUCUUCUCCAACCAUCUGAGUAGCAUAAGUCUGCAGAUCCAGAGGGUGCAGAUUUAGGAACUGCAAUUCCACCAUCUUAUGCACUGGAUCCUGCAAGGACCACACUCUCAUGUCUGACCUUAACUCCA